CCCUCCACUGCGCAGGCGCAGCCGGCUGCUUCUCGUCAUGGAGACGGUUUGUUGUUUCCGAAGCCCAAAGUGAUUAAAACCACUUGAGACACAGCGCGAGGAGGCGGUCUGCUGCAGGUUUGUUUUAAAGUCUGACAUCACCAGAUGGUAAUGAUGUCACAGCGCAAUGUCAUCAACUUCUCAGCGCUGGACAGAGAGCUGCAGGCCGCGGUCGAGUCUGAGCGACGAUACAAGCGAGAGAACGAAACCAAGUUGAGAGCUCUGAGCCAGAGAGUCUGCUACAGCCAGUUCAGAGACCUGGUGCUGACCUGCCACCUGAAGCCUCUGAACCGCCAAGACAGAGACGGAGCUUCGCGGAAACCCUGGAACCCCGUCGUCCCCGGCAACACGUCGCAUCACGUCACCCCCAGUAACACUCCACAUUCUGUUGCCCCGGGCAACGAGGAAGACUUGGGCCCACAGACUGUUUAAAGCUCUGAUUUAUUUCUACAAUUUAGAUGUUCUGUGGUUAAUUCUUUGGUUUAGUGAAUGUUUUAGUGAAAACAACAAAACAACAGUUUCACUUCAUGAUAUUUGCUAAUAAACAAUGUAAAAGAUUUUAGUACAAACUGUUACUACUUUUGCAAUGGAUGAGUUCUGCUGUUCUCCACCUGUCCACCAGAGGUCCUCAGAUUUUCCUUCCAGUCACAGUUGACUGAUUUCUCUCACCUGUCUGAACAUCUGUUUCUGUUUGUUGCGGUGUUUUCCUGCUGCGGCUCUCUGGCCUCUUUAAAGUUCUGGACACUGUUGAAGUUCAUCAGGCUGGUUGUUGGUCUGACCAGCAGGAGGCGCUGCAGACUCACAGCUGAGUGAAGCAGCUUUACUUCAGCUCAAAUCACCAGGAAGAAUCAACACAUCACUAUGUUCUGUUACUGUUAUUUAAUGGUUCCUAAUUAUCUCUGGUAUAUGAUAAUAUUUAAUAGUGUCUAAUUAAUUCUUGUGUUUUAUUUUUUAAAUAGUUUUUAAUUAACUCUGGUAUAUGAUUUAAUAGUUCCUAAUUAACGCUGGUAUUUGAUUUAAUAGUUCCUAAUUAACUCUAGUAAAUGAUUUAUUUAAUAGUUAAUUAAUUCUGGCAUAUUCUGUUCUUUGAAAGUGCUUAAUUAACUCUGGUAUAUGAUGUUAUUUAAUAGUUUCUAAUUAACUUUGGUAUAUGAUUUAAUAGUUCCUAAUUAACUGUGGUAUGUUAUGUAAUUUAAUAAAUUUCAGUUAACUCUGGUA